GGCUGGGGCCUCCCUCUCCUCUGGCUGGCUCCUUGCUUCGCUGCGCUUCUCCUGCAGCCUGGUAGGCACCGGCUGCCACUUCAGCUUCAGCCUUGAUCGUGACCCCUAUUUUGGGUCCAGUCUCCGACCCAGCUCCAUCCUAUCUCUACCCGGUUGCAUCCUCCCUCCUAGUUCCUGACUUGCGCCAGAUCCUGCUCCGAAUCCUUGUAGCCGCAUCCCCAAGCCAUGGCUGGUCCCUUCUCCCGUCUGCUGUCUGCCCGCCCCGGACUCAGGCUCCUGGCUUUGGCUGGAGCUGGGUCUCUUACCGCCGGGAUUCUGCUCCGCCCGGAAUCUGUAGGAGCUGCCGCUGCUGAACGGAGGAGACUGUAUCCCCCGAGCGCUGAGUACCCAGACCUCCGAAAGCACAACAACUGCAUGGCCAGUCACCUGACCCCAGCAGUCUAUGCACGGCUCUGCGACAAGACCACACCCACUGGUUGGACACUAGAUCAGUGCAUCCAGACUGGAGUGGACAACCCUGGCCACCCCUUCAUCAAGACUGUGGGCAUGGUGGCUGGAGAUGAGGAGACCUAUGAGGUAUUUGCUGAACUGUUUGACCCUGUGAUCCAAGAGCGGCAUAAUGGAUAUGACCCCAGAACAAUGAAGCACACCACUGACCUUGAUGCCAGUAAAAUCCGUUCUGGCAACUUUGAUGAGAGGUAUGUAUUGUCUUCAAGAGUCAGAACUGGCCGAAGUAUCAGGGGACUCAGUCUCCCACCAGCCUGCACGCGGGCAGAGCGACGAGAGGUAGAACGUGUUGUGGUGGAUGCUCUGAGUGGCCUGAAGGGUGACCUGGCUGGACGGUACUAUAGGCUCAGUGAGAUGACAGAGGCCGAACAGCAGCAGCUUAUUGAUGACCAUUUUCUGUUUGAUAAACCUGUGUCCCCAUUGCUGACUGCAGCAGGAAUGGCUCGAGACUGGCCUGAUGCUCGAGGGAUCUGGCACAACAAUGAGAAGAGUUUCUUGAUCUGGGUGAAUGAGGAGGACCACACACGGGUCAUCUCUAUGGAGAAAGGCGGCAACAUGAAGAGAGUGUUUGAAAGAUUCUGCCGGGGCCUCAAAGAGGUGGAGAAGCUGAUCCAGGAACGAGGCUGGGAGUUCAUGUGGAAUGAGCGUUUAGGAUACAUCUUGACCUGUCCAUCUAACCUGGGCACUGGACUUCGGGCAGGAGUCCACAUCAAACUGCCACUGCUGAGCAAAGUAAAGGAUAUAAAGAAAGAAAGAAAGAAAGAAAGAAAGAAAGAAAGAGGGAGAAAGAAAUUAAGAGAAGCUCGGGUACACUGGGAAGCAGGGAUCAAGGACUGUGUUCUUCAGGUGGAGUUGGUGCAGCUCGUCAUCGAUGGGGUGAACUAUUUGAUUGACUGUGAACGGCGUCUGGAGAGAGGACAGGAUAUUCGAAUCCCUCCACCUCUUGUCCACAGCAAACAUUAACUCCCCAUCCCCAGAGGAUGAGUCAAGACCUCCAGGACUUCUGCAUAUUUAACAGUGGCCCAGUCUACUUGCCCUGGACCUGCCUCUCUCCCUGUCCUAGUAAAGACUCCACAUUAU